CGCGCGCCGCGGACACCGCCCCCGAGCGUCAGUUGAACUAGGAUAGGAAGCACAGCUGUGGGCGGGGAGCGCGCGGGAAAGACCCCGCCGGCUGCAGCCCUCGGACCCCGCGCGAGCGCGCUCGGUUGGUACGCGAGCGCGGCUCCGCCCCGCCCGCUUGGCGCGCGCCUCCGCCAGGUCCGCUCUCCUCCCCCACCCCAGGCGAGGACGGGGUGGAUCCAGCUGCCUCCCCUCCCCCGAGCGGUGGCGGCGGCAGCAGGCGCUGAAUGAGAGACGCCGACUGCUCUGGUCGGUGAGCGCAACAUUAGGCGGCGGCGGUGGCAGCGGGUAGGUGACGGAGCGUGGGACAGGCGUCGUCUUUUCAUCCUCCGAGGCUGCGGCCGCGGCUGCACAGGAAUAAUGUAUCUGUGGCCUUGGACGUGAAGGAAUCAGUCCCCUGUUGCUGUUAACUUAGGGUCAGGGACUGAUGUUGUGGGAAGUAUGGACCUGAUGAAUGGGCAGGCAAGCACCAUUAAUAUUGCAGCUACUGCUUCUGAGAAAAGUAGCAGCUCUGAAUCAUUAAGUGACAGAGGUUCUGAAUUGAAGAAGAGUUUUGAUGCUGUGGUAUUUGAUGUUCUUAAGGUUACACCAGAAGAAUAUGCGGGUCAAAUAACACUAAUGGAUGUUCCAGUAUUUAAAGCCAUUCAACCAGAUGAGCUUUCAAGUUGUGGAUGGAAUAAAAAAGAAAAAUACAGUUCCGCGCCAAAUGCAGUUGCCUUCACAAGAAGAUUUAAUCAUGUAAGCUUUUGGGUUGUUAGAGAGAUUCUUCAUGCUCAAACAUUAAAAAUUAGAGCAGAAGUUUUGAGCCAUUAUAUUAAAACUGCUAAGAAACUGUAUGAGCUGAAUAAUCUUCAUGCACUUAUGGCAGUGGUUUCCGGCUUACAAAGUGCCCCAAUUUUCAGGUUGACUAAAACAUGGGCGUUAUUAAGUCGAAAAGACAAAACUACCUUUGAAAAAUUAGAAUAUGUAAUGAGUAAAGAAGAUAACUACAAAAGACUCAGAGACUAUAUAAGUAGCUUAAAGAUGACACCUUGCAUUCCCUAUUUAGGUAUCUAUUUGUCAGAUUUAACAUACAUUGAUUCAGCAUACCCAUCAACUGGCAGCAUUCUAGAAAAUGAGCAGAGAUCAAAUUUAAUGAAUAACAUCCUUCGAAUAAUUUCUGAUUUACAGCAGUCCUGUGAAUAUGACAUUCCUAUGUUGCCUCAUGUCCAAAAAUAUCUGAACUCCGUUCAGUAUAUAGAAGAACUACAAAAGUUUGUGGAAGAUGAUAAUUACAAACUUUCAUUAAAAAUAGAACCAGGGACAAGCACACCACGUUCUGCUGCUUCCAGAGAAGAUUUAGUGGGUCCUGAAGUGGGAGCAUCUCCGCAAAGUGGAAGAAAAAGUGUGGCAGCCGAAGGAGCUUUGCUACCACAGACACCCCCAUCCCCUCGGAACCUGAUGCCACAUGGACAUAGGAAGUGCCAUAGCUUGGGUUAUAAUUUCAUUCAUAAAAUGAACACAGCAGAGUUUAAGAGUGCAACGUUCCCAAAUGCAGGGCCAAGACAUCUUUUAGAUGAUAGCGUCAUGGAGCCCCAUGCACCAUCUCGAGGCCAAGCUGAAAGUUCUACUCUUUCUAGUGGAAUAUCAAUAGGUAGCAGCGAUGGUUCUGAACUAAGUGAAGAGACCUCAUGGCCUGCUUUUGAAAGGAACAGAUUAUACCAUUCACUCGGCCCGAUGACAAGAGUGGCACGAAAUGGCUAUCGAAGCCACAUGAAGGCCAGCAGUUCUGCAGAAUCAGAAGAUUUGGCUGUACAUUUAUAUCCAGGAGCUGUUACUAUUCAAGGUGUUCUCAGGAGAAAAACUUUGUUAAAAGAAGGCAAAAAGCCUACAGUAGCAUCUUGGACAAAAUAUUGGGCAGCUUUGUGUGGGACACAACUUUUCUAUUAUGCUGCCAAAUCUUUAAAAGCUACAGAAAGAAAACAUUUCAAAUCAACAUCAAAUAAGAAUGUAUCUGUGGUAGGAUGGAUGGUGAUGAUGGCCGACGACCCAGAACAUCCAGAUCUCUUCUUGCUGACUGACUCUGAGAAAGGAAAUUCAUACAAGUUUCAGGCUGGCAGUAGGAUGAAUGCAAUGCUGUGGUUUAAGCAUUUGAGUGCAGCCUGCCAAAGUAACAAACAACAGGUUCCUACAAACUUGAUGACUUUUGAGUAAAAGCCUAAGAAGGAAGAAAGGUAAACUAUUGCUCCCAAGAGCAAGGACCUGAUGAAAGAGCCCCAGCUAUAAACUAAUCCUGUGCCAGGAAAGAGCCCAGAGGUUCCGUCUCAGCCUUUGGAGUUCUGAACCAAAAAAAGCACUAAUUUCAGGGAAUGAAGUGAGAUAUUCCCAGAGAACAAAUUGGAGUUGCAAAACGAACUGCCAUGGACCAUGCUUCUUCUUAUCUCUGAACUGACCUGUGGAAACCACUGCCUUAAAAGAAUGAAAGGAAAACCAACAUGAAACACCAAAUAGUGUGUGUGAAUCUUCUGGCGGUGCUGUGCUUGAAAUAGAUUGUAGCUAGUUUGCAUUUCUUUUAACUUUGUACUAAUUUUGGAGGGAGGAAUUGCCUUUUUUUAGAUACACUUUAAAAGGAGAAACAUUUCUUAUGGGUUACAUCAGCAGCUGGUUUUGAAGUGAGGUGUAAAGAUACUUUAACUUUGUAAGGAUUAUACCAGCAGGCCACCUGAAAAGUUUGUUUAGCCUCCGUUAGUUUGGAACCUUACUCAUUUUCUCACAGCAAGAGUGUAUGAAUUAGAAAUGUUAAUAAUGUGAGAUGUUGGGAUUUGUUUAGGAUUUGUGUUUUUGUUUGUUUUUUAAUCUGUUUUGUUUAGGGCAAGGGGAGAUUUUUUUAAACACUAAACUUCUGAAAUAUAGUACUGUAUGGGGAACAUUAUUGCCUACAGGAGGUACAAAGGCUGAGUGUUCAUAUACCAGACAUUUCCUAGAAGUAGACUCCGGAAAACAUGGUCAUUUCUUACUGGGCUUUAAAUUUAGCCUUCUAUAUGAAUUCAUUGUUGAACCACAGAUCUGCCUAGCAAAGGGCUGUAAUCCCAACCUAAACUUUUCUGAGAAGAUUUUACGAUAAUUAGAUAUUUCAAGUUAGUUCAUUUAUUCCCUCUCUGAGUCACAGGUGAUUUUCUUCACCAAAGUGAUAUAUUGAUAGUUCAUCAGGAUAUUGUCGUUUACAGUAUUAAUGUGCACAAUGCCAGAGUUAUUUUUUUAUUAUGCAUUUUCAUUCUUUUUGCUCAGUAUGAGAUUCAGGAACACAUUUAUUUAGAAGAGAUUCUGUGUCUGUGUCUGUGUGUGUGUGUGUUUUAUUAUAAGACAUGCAAAAUAAUUUUAAAAGGGAAAAAGGUAAAAGCUUGAGAUUCUGGAAAUUUUAAAUACCAAAACUUUCCUUCUUACACAACUUACCCUUUCUAACUAAACAUUUUUUCUGAAAACUUAACUACAGGUCCCUGUCACAAAAUCACAUUUUAUCAGUACUUGACCAAGCAGUUUUGUGAGAGCUCCUCUAUGCAGUAAUACAUUUAAUUGUCAAACAAACAAAUGUUGAAUUACAAAGUAGAAGUAUGAAGGUGAGAUGCAUAAGAAUUCUAACAAAAAAUAGCAUUUGAACAAAGGCUUUGUGUUGGAUGUUAUAAACCCACAUGGCAUCAUAAGUUUUAGCAGUGGCAAAAGUUAAGUGAUUAUUUUUGACUGAUGUCCUCUAAUAGAUCUCUAUUACUUUAAGCCUCACAUAAAAAUAACUUAUCACAUUUGUAUUCUUAGAGAAUUUUACACUUAAUCAUAAGUAUUUCAAUCAUAAGUCCAUGAAACUUAAGUAGAAAAUAUUGCCUACGCAAUAAUUAGCUUAAAAUCUAUUCAAAGAAAGUAGAAGAGCUUUUUCUGAGUAUUGACUUCUUAAAAUUUAGUUUCCUUUUUGGAAAGAACUUAAGAAUUCAUAUAUGUUUCUCAUUUAACACAGUUAGAAUACCAUUGUUUCUGGUCUCGUGGAAAGUGACUGUAGACUGAGAAAAGGCAAAAAGUUGCCUGUGCUGAAUGAUUUUUCAAUUAUUGAACUCCCAAGCUUGACGCAAGUUGGGUACACAAAAAGACACCGUCUGCGUAGCUAACAGUAUUACUCUGUAGACGUUGCACAUCUUACUUUUGUUUUGCAUUUUUUAAUUCCUUAAUUUGUUUAUUUCUCUUCAGAAAUGAGUGUUCUUAAAUGUAUGUACUUGUUGAAAAAUAUUGUGGAUGAGAACCCUGUGGAUUAUUUUUUAUUUUGUUUUUCAUAAAUAAGCUAAAGUAGAUAAGUUGUAGUUUAAUAAUAUCUGUGGAGAUAUGCAACUGUAAGUCAGAGCCUGACAUCACACACUUUUGCCAAAGAGAGAGAGAGAGCUAAGCUGAAAGAUGUGUUUGAUACUUUCAGCUCUAAAUGUUACUGGAUGGUUACAUAAUGUAGAAUAGCAUUAGUUUGGGUAAUAGUCCUCUUUAGAUAGAAUUGUGGCCUCUGAUUGACUGAUAACUCUUUUAACAUGAUGGUACAGAAGUUGUCAUUUUGAUUUUUUUUUUUUCUAUCUCCAAAUUUGCCCAUGCAAAAGACUAGCCAAUUUUAGCAUUUAAAACAUAUUGAAACUAGUGAGAAAAGUGAAUUAAAACAGUGUAGGUGAAUUUUUGAUCCAUAAUUCACCAAACAAUAUCUGAUAAUAAUUCAAGCAAAGAAAAUAUGUCACCAAAAUAUAUUAAAUAUUUAGGUAGUUGAUUAGUGGAAGCAUGAAAUUUCUUUCCUCUUACUAAGCUUGCCUUCACUUGUAAAUUAAUGACCCAGAAACUCAAAAUUUCUAUCAGUAUUAAUCUCAAUAGUUUCUCUCCUGGUCCAGAAGAACUCAUUAGAAAUGCAAUCAUAAUUUAAAUUUAAGGUGGUUUAUAAUAUGACUAAUGACUGGCAUGUUAAAAGGCCUGGAGUAGUAGUAUAGAAUACUAGCUCAUUUAAUGGUUUAUUUGACCAUGGAGACUUUUCAUAUGAAAGCAACAUCAGUUUUUUAAAAAACAACUAUAAAAACAAUUGCAUAAUGACCUUAUGAGCACCAUUUUUGGUUUCACACCCCAUGUGUUCAGGCUCUGCUUACUCUUCAAAGUAUUGUUUUUACUGUAACUUCCACGCUGUAAGAAAACAGAUCAAAACACACCUUCUGUUCUGUUUUCUACACCCUGUUGUGCAGACAUUACAAAAAGGGAUCCAAACUAUUUGAGUUCAACUAUUUUUCUUCUCCCUAGGCAUGUGCUUCAGUGACAAUUGUUUUUUUUUCCUGUGUGGAAGAUGAAAUGUGACUAUUGCACUAUCCUCUUGAUGGACUGUGUUGGUUUGGGGUCUUCAUAUGUCAGGAGUCAGGGUGUUUAUAGCUGCAAAAUUUUUAUAAGUGGCUUUAUUCCUCUUCUAGAAGAUUUAUAGUGAUUUAUAACAACUAACUAUUGUUAUAGAUGGAAAAAAUAUUUACCAUUUCUAGCAUGAACACACUGUAUACUAGUUGAACCUAAGACUAAAAAACAGCCUGUUGUCUCGGGGGAUUAUUAGAAUUUAACUAGCCAAAUGAUUUGCACAUCAGGCUUUUUUCUUUUUUUAAAGCUAGAUCUGUAAACGAUACACCUUUACUACUGGAAACAAAACUAUAGGCAUCAUAUUAAUUGGAAAUCAAUAGUACUAAAAGAAUAUAUCCACUCGAGUUCCUUCCUGUAUUUUUGAGGCACAUUCCUUUACUCACAGUUUUUAAACCCCUGUAUUAUCUUCUCAUUCAAACAAGGGGCACCAGUGUUGCUUAACAGAAGAUAUUCUUUGAUGAAAGAGAGCCUCUGCUUCAAGGCUUUUGAAAUAAUUGGAUCCCUUUUUGAAAAUGAAGUUGAGUUCUCCUGUGUCCCGGUGGAAUAGUUGUACUAGGAUUGCAUGAAUAGAUGAUAUAAAGCCAAAUGGUGAGGUUUGUCUGACUUCUUCAGUAACAUUUUAGGGUUUUCUUUUAUUUUCUCUCUCUUCUUUUGUAUUUCUUUCAAACAUAGCAAAUGUUACAACCAGAGUGGUAUUCUUUUUUUUCCUAAGCUUUGAGAUACAAAAAUUGUUAAUAAAUCACAUUGAUGGUGAAUUGUUUUCCAUGUGAGAUCAGCCUUUUCAAAAUGAUUUAAGUACUUGGGGGUUUUGUUCCUCUAAAAAUGGCUUGUGUCUAAAAUGACUUUUUUUUUUUUUUCUAUUUAGGAGGUUCUAAUGAAAGAUACCUGUGCUUACCAACUCUAAUCUUAUCAAAAGUAAUUGCAUUACACUGGUAUCUCAAGUUGUAGUGUGGGGGAAAUUUGGUCAGUGCCUUAUCAAUUUGAAGACGAAUUCUAGGGCAUCAGGUAUAACAGUGAUCAUUUGCCCUCUUACUCCUCUUAUUUCAGGAGUGUGUGCUAUCCCUCUCUGCACCAGCUUCAUCUUUCUCACAGCAAGUCUAGGAAGGUCUGUACCUGUAGGUAAUUGUUGCAAUCCUCCUUGGUUUUGAAUCUUUUUUAACAAGCAUCCUUCCUGUUCUCCCUCCAGGGUAGGAGAUUCAAAAUAAACUCAUCCAAAUCAGCCUUUAGAUAAGCACUCUUAGAAACAAUUUUGAAGAGCUUCCAGCAGAGUUAAUUUUUAUUUUGUUGUUGAUGAUGUUUGAACACAGAUUAAAUUAUAAGGCCUUUCUGCAAAUCCCUAAAAGAAUAAAUAUAAUCAGAAAGAUUUGUCUGAGUUUUAUUAAAGCUAUUCAACUCUUGUAAUGAGAGUCUCUGUUGCCAGAAAUGAGGUUUAUUUCUAUUCAUUCUGAUAUUUAAAUAAAACUCAGACAGUCACUUAACCCACCGGUUAUUGUUUCCUUGAAAAUAUUAUGGCAGGAUGUGAAAAUAACUCCAGUUUAUAAAUUAAAGGGAAGAGACUAAAUAAGCUUUCUCAGUGAAAGCAAAGCUUGAAAAUGUUUUGUUUCUCUGAAUUAUUAUUGCAAGAUCUGAAGCUGCUGUUGUUCACCUGUCGAGAUACUAUUUAAAAGAGCAGGUAUGUUCCAGAGUAGGCAAGUAAACAUAGUCUGUAAAGCCAAAUGAAGGUUUAAUUGGUCCUCAAGAUUUUUUAGCAGAAUCUAAAUUUUGUUUCUAGCCAUUUAGACAACAAAGUGGUGGUGGGAUUAAAGGAAUAUGUGAUUAGAGAAAGAGUGCUUUGGAAUUGAACUUUUUUAAAAAAAAAAAAGACAAGCAGAAAACUUCAUGAAUGUUAGCUGUGCUUUAGCUACCUUAUGUUCCCCCU